AUGGCCGUUGUCGACAACACUGGAAUGAAGGAACUGCAAGCUGAGAUGAAGAUGACGCAAGAUUGGAUGAAAGAUGCCUCUAGACGUUUCAGUAAGAUUGAAGGCUUGCUAGAAUCACUGGCGAGGUCGGUAGACAACUUCAAUCGCCGAGCUGAAUCAUCGCACUCAGAGGAGGCAAAUCGUUCAGAGGAUAUAACAGAAGGUGCCUUGAUUGAUUGCUUUAUAGGAGGCCUUAGAGUAGAACUGCGACAGGAUGUGGUGGCUCAAGCACCCAACACAUUAUUGAAGGCAAUUGCAUUAGGGCGUUUGUAUGCUGGGCGAGAUUCUCAUGUCUCCUCACCAGCAUGGCUUAGAGCAACAUUCUCUCCAUCUCCAACGGGGGGAACCAAGUUAUCCUCGACUGUCAUUGCAGCAAUUCCAAAGACGACAGUACCACCUACGACAGGAAGUAAAAAUAUACUUCUACCAUUAUUACCAUUGCCAGACAAACCACCCAUAAGGAAGAUCACUCCAGCCAAAAUGCAGAUUCGACGCGAAAAGGGCUUAUGCUAUUUUUGUGAUGAGAAGUUUUCUCCAUCCCAUCGGUGUGGGAAGAAGCAACUCAUGAUGUUACUGACGGACUAUGGACUAGAGGAUGAUAAUGAGGAAGAACCUGGAGAGGCAAGUGAGGAGAUUCAUACACUGCACCAUCUAUCAUUAUGUACGACACAAGGUUCGUCGGGUAUAGCCACCAUCCGUUUCAAUGGCAUUAUUAAUGGGAUGGAUGUACAAGUUCUCUUAGACGGGGGUAGCUCAGACAACUAUGUCUACCCUCGCGUUAUGCAACACCUUCAAUUACCUUCAAAGGUAGUACCCACAUUUCAGGUCUUGGUGGGGACUGGUCAAUUGAUGAAAUGCAACUCUAUGGUAGCUGACUUGCAGGUGUACAUCAGUGGGCAUACCAUUUCUUUCCCUGCUUACGUGCUUCCUGUAGCAGGUGCUGAUGUAGUGAUUGGUGCAUCAUGGUUAGAGACAUUGGGUCCCCACGUGGCCGACUAUAGUAUGUCAAUGAUUAGAUUCUUACAAGGAAGCAACUUUGUCACUUUAAAUGGUUACAAAGCUGCACCUGUCUCUAAUACCCAAUUUCACCAUUUGAUUCGAAUUCAUAAUACUGAUGCAAUUUCUGAGUUAUUCAUGUUACAGAGUGAAGAAACUUCUAACAAGUUAUUGGAAGGAUCUAAUAUCGAAGUGCCUACACAGUUACCAAAUGAUCUGAAGGCUGUAUUACAUCAAUAUGGUAUAGUCUUUGCCAAGCCACAAGGAUUACCUCCUGCUAGAGAUCAUGUGCACUGCAUUAUAUUACAACCUGGUAUUGAGCCUGUUAAGGUUCGGCCAUACCAUUAUCCCUUUAGUCAAAAAAUGGAGAUUGAGAAAUUAGUGCAAGAAUUAUUAGCUAAAGGCUACAUUCAGCCGAGCAAUAGUCCUUUCUCUGCACCAGUGAUAUUGGUGCAUGAGCUCCUUGAUGAGCUGUAUAGUUCAGAAUUCUUUACAAAACUAGACCUGAGAGCCGGUACGACAUGGGAGCAACAUCUAAACCAUGUAACGACUGCUUUACAUGUUCUAUCUCAACAAAGGUUGCAUGUAAAAUUCUCUAAAUGUUCAUUCGGCCAAAAGAAGAUUGAUUACCUGGGGCACAUUGUUUCGAAGGAUGGCAUGGAAGUGGACCAGAGCAAGGUACAGCUGGUGCGAGAUUGGCCUAUACCAACGUCGAUCACCCAACUUGGGGGUUUUCUUGGUUUGACCAGCUAUUACAGGCGGUUUAUCCGUCAUUAUGCUCGUUUAGCUAGACCCUUGACACAGUUACUCAAGAAAGAUAGCUUCCAGUAG